CUCACGGCGGGCGGGCGCCUUCCAGCAUUGACCGUCCCAUUCAUUCACCUCCUUAAUUUCGAUCGAAUUCCAACCACGUGGCGGUGGUGCGUCGUCUGUCUGUCUCUGUGUCUGUGUCGCUCUGGCCCUCGCCCGCCACCACCUUCCCAUCCUACACACCACGACGACGACGACGACGACGACGACGACGAGCCUAGCUAAGCUAGGGGAUCCAGAGGAGCUGUAUAUAUAUAAAUAUGUAUGUAUGACACACUCCACACGCUCUCGAGUCCUCUCUUUCUCUCUGUCUCUCCGGCUUUGCACUUCCAGGAACCCCUCCUCCCCUCAGCUACUUCCUUCUUAUUAAUUGGUUCUUCCAAUCCAACCCCAGCAGCAAGCAAGCAAAGCAUACAGAAAGUCAUGGAGGUGCCGCAGGGCCACGAAGCAGCAGCGCUGAGGACCGCGGCGCAGAACAAGCCGCCCGCCAACGCCCGGCCGUGGCCACGCGGCAGCGGAGGAGCGUCCGCAGCCGCAGCUCCUCCUCCUCCGCCGCCCAAGGUGUACCGCGUGGAGCCCCGGGAGUUCCGGGACCUCGUGCAGAGGCUCACCGGCGCGCCGCCCACGGCCCUUCGCCGCCCGCAGCACCAGCACCAGCACCACCGCGCGGGCGUGGCGGCGCCGCCGCCGGUGCAGCCGCAGCCCGUGCGCCCCGGUGGUGGCGGUGGAGAGCAGCCGGUGUACGGCGCGCCAGCGCCGUGGUUCUCGUUCCCCAUGGCCGGCGCGGUGGAGGCGGCGGCGGCGCAGCCCCAGCACGGCGCUUUCCUCUAGCUAGCUUCCUGCCUGUGUGCGACGGAAAAGAGGACGAAGAAAUUAGCAUCCUUUGUUUUUGUUUCUUUUUUCCUUCUAAAUACAAUCUUUUUUUCCUUCUAAAAUAAUACGUAUAAAAAACAAAAAAAAGGAGGAGGAGGAGGAGGAAACCUAAUUAAGCAGCAGAUGGAGCUAGCUUUCGAUCGCCUUUUAAUUUUACUGUCUCUGUAUGAUAGAUAGACGUAGGUGUGUAAUACAGUACUAGUAAUAAAUUAAGAAACAGUAGUGGUAAUUGGUUGUCAUCUGGUGUUGCUGUGAAAUUAUCACUCGGAUCCCUCCGUUCGAUUCCAAAAUACAAUAAGAAAUUGGUCUCCUCUAUUCUAUCC